UAAAUACAUUUACCAGUCUAGUUCACGCGAUGGAGGCAACAUGUCUGCGCCCUGAACACAUGUGUAAAUAAAAAUGGAGAGCAGAAUAACCUUGCGCAAGGGUUAAUUUAAACACAACGUUUUGAAAUUAUCCACUAGUGCAGUGAAAACGGAUUUCAGCAAUGAACUUACGGCUUUGCGAGACGUUUUUACGCAGAUAUCUGCGAUUUUCAACGAUCCGCAAACUGACAGCAGCUCCAGAACAAACGCCACUGUAUCUGCGUAUGUCAGGUUGCUCAGUUUUUCGUCCACAGACAUUAAGGAAAUGUCUCUUUCACUGUUCUCCGGCCAGUUUGGUGUCUUCAGAUGCUUUUUUGGACCGAUUGCAGAAGGGGAGAGCGGUUGUGUCCGAUGAGGGUCUCUUUCAUCACUCUGUCUCUGUUCCAUCAGACAGCGGUCAUCAGUUUUCCUUAUUGCUAAAAGAACCUGAUCAACCUGAAAACGCCAAAUCUCUUAAAGUGGCAAUAGUGGGCUCACCUAAUGCAGGAAAAUCCACACUGACCAAUCAGCUGCUGGGUCGAAAGUUGUUUGCGGUUUCUGAGAAAGUGCACACAACAAGAGCACGUGCUGUUGGUGUCCUGACAGAGGAUGACACACAAAUCAUUUUGUUGGAUACCCCUGGUCUCACCACACCAAUAAAGGCUAAAAGGCACCAGCUGGAGAAAUCGCUUCUAGUGGAUCCUUUGGAGUCACUACAAGAAGCUGAUCUAGUGGUGGUGUUAGUUGACGUGUCUGAUAAAUGGACCCGCGGUAAGCUGGACUAUGAGGUGCUGAAGUGUCUGGCCCUGAAUUCUGAAGUCCCUGCCAUCCUUGUCCUCAAUAAGGUGGACCUUCUGAAGAACAAAACACUGCUGCUAGACAUCACGGCAGAGCUGACAGAGGGGGUGGUGAAUGGAAAGAAGAUUAAGAUCCGUGGCGCAGUGAAACAAUGUCAGAAAUUAGCAGUUGCACCCCACAGCAGACAUGCUGAAAAACCACUUUCUGAGAGCAAGGAAGACAGGGUGUCUCAGGAGGGUCAGAACAAAGACAGACUGAGCCAAGAGGCACUGAAGGCCCUGAGGAGCCGCAGGGGCUGGCCAAAUUUUAAGGAUGUAUUCAUGUUAAAUUCUCUUGACAGAGAAGAUGUGGAAACAUUAAAGAGCUACCUGUUUGAAGGUGCAAAGCCUCGCCAGUGGCAGUACCACAGUGAAGUACUGACCGAUCAGGGUCCGGAGGAGGUGUGCAUCAACACGAUCAGAGAGAAACUACUGCAGUAUCUCCCUAAGGAGGUGCCAUACACUAUGACGCAGCAAAUUGAAAUGUGGAAGGAGUCUGAGGAUGGGGUACUUGACAUAUCCAUCAAACUAUACGUGAAGAAAGACACUCAUAUGAAAAUGGUUAUUGGUCCUGGAGGUCAGAUGAUAACCAGAAUAACCCAGGAAGCUGAAAAUGACCUAAUGAAGAUUUUCUUGCGUAAUGUGCGUUUAAAAAUCUCUGCAAAGCUGCGGAAGUGAGGUUCACGGUUCAGAUGACGAAGGUCAGGGCCCGAUGCAUACAGAGGGAUACAGAAGCAUGAAAAGAGUAAUUUAAGAGAGAAGAAAUGGACUUGAACUCUGCUGUAUUUUGGGUUAUAAUGUGAAGUUGAUCUCAACAGACCCCCCUCAUUUCUGUAAACUGAAAUUCAAGUUGAUCAGAGCCACAUUACAUGGUUUUCUGUAUCAUUUCAGUUACAAGGCUAUGGUUGAUUUCAAAAGCAAUAUAGUAGUAUCACAGCUGCCUGUGCCAGUUGCAUAUCUUGCUGCUUUUGAAAAUUGAAAAAUGUCUAUAUAUUCAUAAAUGGUGUAAGUACAGAAUCACAUAGUUCUGCUUUGAGGGUUCUGCACAUAGUUCUUUUACUGGAAGCAAGGGCUGACCUUGUUUUUUUAUUAUUCAUUGUCUUCAGUGUGAUCAGGCUGUUAUCUAUGGUGGAGACUUGCUGUUUAACUGAAGGUCUUAUGUAAUACCAUUACACUGACCUGAAUCGCUCAACUGCAGGCCUGGCUUCAGCUCUGUCGUGUAAGGUGGGCCAUAGGACUGUCAGAGGGGGCUGGACCAUUGGGGUGGUUUUCAGGGUGGAGCUGGGGCUGCUCAGCUGUGACUGUACAUGCUACUUACUGUAGCUGAGUGGAACCUAUGUAUGUAAUAUUAACUUUUUCAUCAGUUGAGUAAAUUCAUGCAUCAGUUUUAGUCUGUGGUAAAUGUUUUGAGUAAUAAAGAAUAUGCAGACAAAAUUCAAUGUACAUAUACUCUCAGAUUUGAUGAACUACACAUAAGGAAUUGACAGAAUAAACUCAUUCAUUCACUGAACACA